UUAUAGCAAGUGAGCCAUUGUCGAUUGAGGAAGAGUAUGCCAUGCAAGCAUCGUGGCACCAGGAUGCCGAUAAGCUUACGUUUAUAAUCCUGAGCGAGAAGGCCUAUGCCAAUGGACCAGCAAGCGAUGUUGUUUCGUCAAUGAUAGGCGAUGUGAACGUCUUUCUGAUUAACCACAAUGACCAGAAAGCUGCGGAGGUGGAGGUUAUGAUCGCAGAGCCCGAGGCCAGGGGGAAGGGAUACGGGAGAGAGGCCAUACGAAUGAUGCUCGCAUAUGCAUACAGGGAACUGGGACUCACAUAUUUUGUAGUGAAGAUAGGACUGGCGAAUACCACGUCCGCCAGACUAUUCAAAUCGCUGCUAUUCGUUCAAGAGAGUGUAAGUGAGGCAUUCCAGGAGGUUACCAUGGUGAUGGACAUGUCCACUUCGACAGUCCCCAGGAACCUCACUACAUACAGUCAGCGCUCUCUAAAAGAACGGCUUGCCAAAGACACACUCGCAGCAGAAAACGAAUAGCGAAGGCAGGAGCAUUAAAUAGCAAAACAAUUGGCCUAUACCCCAUGGAUGUGUAGGGCAAUACAAGGGCGCCAUAUUGGUUUGUGCCAAGGGCCUUGUGUGUGGUCAACACAUACACAUUAUGUGACAGGAGGCUGUGCCUUGUGCCGAUGCAGCGGGGUGAACUAUGGCGCAAUGGUUUAUUGAGCGGAGAACAAAUGCGCAUACGCAGGCACCAAGGGGUGAUAUAGUAAUGACCCCGAUGAACCAGACAGUCUACACUGUGGGAGUGCUUCAUGCGACGUUCGGCUGGGAAUACGAACUGAUUACAUACUGUAGAGCUCUUGGUAGGACUUUCGGAUUGAUACCAAGGCUAUUGAUGGAGAGAGCUUGCCAGGGAUUGGGGCGGAUGGUCCCAAGUGGCCCAAUGGGAUGAAAUUAGUUGAACCCAAAUUUAGGUAAUAUAAAUACAUGUGUCCUAUUGAGGUAAUAUAAAUACACGAUAUAAUGAGGUAAUAUAUAUACAUGAGUUAUAAUGAGGUAAUAUAAAUACAGGAG